CGGAAAUAUAAAAUUGCAAUAACUCUUCCUCCUUCUAUUAUUCUCUGCAACAGCUCUUUAGGGUUUACGGUUUGUGCAAUCUCUAAAGCGAUUUCAAUGGCGGACGAUGAUUAUAACGAAGUUGAUGACUUGGGUUAUGAGGAUGAGCCAGCGGAGCCUGAGAUUGAAGAAGGAAUAGAUGAAGAUGCUGAUAUGAAGGAUAACGACGAUAUCAAUGGAGAGCCUCUUGAAACAGAAGACAAGGUCGAGACAGAACCUGUACAACGUCCUCGGAAAACUUCCAAGUUUAUGACCAAGUAUGAACGUGCACGCAUCCUCGGCACUCGUGCUCUGCAGAUUAGCAUGAAUGCUCCUGUCAUGGUUGAGCUUGAGGGUGAGACUGACCCACUUGAGAUUGCUAUGAAGGAGCUGAGGCAAAGGAAGAUACCCUUCACUAUUAGACGUUACCUACCUGAUGGGAGUUUUGAGGAAUGGGGAGUUGAUGAAUUGAUCGUUGAAGACUCGUGGAAACGUCAAGUUGGUGGUGAUUGAUAUAAAUCUUGUUAUAUUACCCAAAUAUUAAUAUGUAUUGUGCAAGAAGCUCGUUAACUUAUGAUGACGGUUGAUGAAUUCUCUGCUAUGUUGCUCCAAAGUUAAAAUGUAGUUAACCGGCA